AUGCCUUUCAUGUUCAAAUCUUCUCCUUCGACCUUUACGUCUUUCCCAACAAUGACCGAUGUUCAGUUGCCUAUCCGUUUGGCUCAGUGUGUUGGAAUCACUGCUACAUCUGCCCUCGCUGGGGCUUCUCUCAGUAUUUCCUUCAUCUCUGUUCCAAGAUUACUCGAAUCACCACCACAUCUUCUACUUAAGCAAUGGAAUAACCUCUAUCAACAAGGAAAAGCUUUUUUUCCAACUGCUUCAAUCAUUCCUGCGGCAUCUUUCUUCUUCCUCGCAUACAAAGAGACGGAUAAACUUAAGUUGAAGUUGUUUGCUACGGCUGGCACCUUGGCCCUAGGGAUGAUGCCUUACACAAUUUUGUUCAUGUUGUAUACGAACAAAAAAUUGUUGGACAAGGCGGAUGAGGCACAAGGACUUUACGCCGAUCAAGUUGGUGGAGAUACUGAUGAUGUUUCUUCUGGAUCUGGUCGUAAACAUAAGAAAUCUUCCAAGGACCGCGAGAGAAGUGAUAGAAGUUACAAGAAGAGUUCGUCAAGCAAGAGAAAGGAAGUUGAUGAGCAUGAGGAUGUUAGAACUGCACAUGAAUUGGUUGAUCAUUGGUCAUUGUUGAACUUGGGAAGAAGUGCUUUGAUGAUUGCUAGUGCUGCAGUUGGUACUUGGACUGUGGUUAGAUAUUCGAAGAACUAA